CUCACGACCAGUCACUUCCGGCGAAGGACGCCCCAGCAGGAAAGGGUUAAGUUUAAACUGGUGGCCGUGAGGCGGCGUCGGCAGGGAAGAAGAUCCGGCGAUGGACGCAGAGGAGACCGUUGGGGUGGGGGCGCUGGCGGCUGAGGCGUCUCAUAUGGAGCUGGUGGGAGGACCCCAUCCGGAGCUGGCAGCCACGAUGGGCUUCUCAGGCUUCGGAAAGAAAGCUCGAACUUUUGACUUGGAAGCAAUGUUUGAACAAACUCGAAGAACUGCAGUGGAAAGAAGUAAAAAAAUGCUGGAAGCCCGUGCAAGAGAAGAGGAAGCCCAGAAAGAAAAAGAACUAAGAAGCCAACAUGAUGAUGUUCUUUCAGCAGCUUCAGGCUCAAGUGUGAUGGGAGCUUGCUCUGCAUUAACUUGCAGAGAGGCAGAAAGUAGUGACAGUGAAGAUGGUUCAAAUGAAGAAUUAAUUGGUCCUCCUUUGCCAUGCCAAACUUCCAUUCAAGGACCAGCAGAGGAUACUGAUGAUGAUGAAUUUAUUGGGCCACCACUUCCACCAGGGUAUAAAGACAGUGAUGAUGAUGAUGACGACAUGCAAGAGGAAGAUAAUAACCCUGUCAAGAAAAUUCCAGACUCUCAUGAAAUUACACUCCUGCACGGGACCAAAACAGUAUCUGCUUUGGGUUUGGAUCCCUCAGGCGCCCGUUUGGUAACUGGAGGCUAUGACUAUGAUGUUCGGCUCUGGGACUUUGCUGGAAUGGAUGCAUCUCUUCAAGCUUUUCGAUCACUUCAGCCUUGUGAAUGUCACCAGAUCAAAUCUUUACAGUAUAGCAGCACGGGGGAUGUCAUUCUUGUUGUGUCUGGUAACUCUCAAGCUAAAGUUCUUGACAGAGAUGGCUUUCCAGUAAUGGAAUGUGUUAAAGGAGACCAGUACAUUGUGGACAUGGCAAACACCAAGGGUCAUACAGCAAUGCUUAAUACAGGCUGUUGGCAUCCCAAAAUAAAAGAAGAAUUUUUGACUUGUUCCAAUGAUGGAACUGUGAGGACGUGGGAUGUUAACAAUGACAAAAAGCACAAAGGUGUGUUUAAACCACGGUCAGGUCAAGGAAAACGGGUGAUUCCUACAACUUGCACAUAUAGCAGAGAUGGUAAACUUAUUGCAGCUGGCUGCCAAGAUGGCUCCAUCCAGAUCUGGGACAGAAAUAUGAAUGUUCAUACAAAGUUCCACUGCAGGCAGGCACAUGCUCCUGGCACUGAAACUUCAUGCUUGACGUUUUCCUAUGAUGGUACUGUCCUUGCUAGUCGAGGAGGAGAUGAUACAUUAAAAGCAUGGGAUAUCAGGCAAUUUAAAAAACCUCUUAACUCAGUUGAAGGUCUGUCCAGCUUUUUCCCAAUGACAGAUUGCUGUUUCAGCCCAGAUGAUAAGUUAAUUGUCACGGGCACAUCUGUUAAGAAAGGAGGUGGCAAUGGGAAGCUUAUUUUCUUUGAACGGGAGACAUUCCAGAAGGUGUAUGAAAUAGAAGUCACAGAUGCUAGUGUUGUGCGUUGUCUUUGGCAUCCCAAGCUAAACCAGAUCAUGGUUGGUACAGGAAAUGGAUUGGCUAAAGUAUACUAUGAUCCAAUCAAAAGCCAGAGGGGAGCAAAAUUAUGUGUGGUUAAAACAAAACGAAAAGCCAGACAGGCAGAGACUCUUACACAGGAUUACAUUAUAACACCUCAUGCUCUUCCAAUGUUUCGUGAACCACGGCAACGAAGUACCAGGAAACAGUUGGAAAAGGAUAGGCUGGAUCCCUUAAAAUCUCACAAACCAGAACCUCCGGUAGCAGGACCAGGUCGUGGGGGCCGUGUUGGAACUCAUGGAGGUACAUUGUCAUCAUACAUAGUCAAGAAUAUUGCACUGGAUAAGACUGAUGAUAGCAACCCCCGAGAGGCCAUUUUACGACAUGCAAAGGAAGCUGAGGAUAACCCCUACUGGGUUGCUCCAGCCUAUUCUAAGACUCAACCAAAAGCAGUUUUUGCAGAAGUGGAAUCAGAGGAAGAUGAAACAGACAACAAACCAGAGUGGAAAAAGCGUAAAAUAUGAAGUACUUGAUUCAUGGGGUGGGUGACUGUGGAUUCAAAACAAAGUGGAGAGUUAUUUCAUUAUGCAAUAAAAGGUUAAAUUCUUUACAAACAGAAAUUCUUUGAAUGCAUUGCACGAUUUCCAACUGAAGAUGAUUGUUGCAUUGCAGUGGACUAGAAUUGUUGAUCUGCGUUUUGUAAUAAGGAGUUAAUUAUAUUAUGCAAAAAUCUUAUGUCAUUUUCUUAACUUUAGAUUUUUUUUAAAAGUAUUUGUGUUUGUAAUUUUUAACCAGAAUACAUCAUCAAUGAUUAAUGAGAAAGCAGCAUUUUACUGUAAUAUUCCAUAUGAGGAUUUUAAGUAAGAACAUAAAAACUGGAGUUUUUCAAGCUUCUUUUAUUUAUUCCAAUAACAUCUAUCAAGCUGUGCAAAAAAGUCAUGAUUUCACAUUUUUUAGGAAUAUCAAUUUAGAAUAAUUCUUAGGCAUCAGGUUUGUUUAGCUGGUGUGUUUUGUAAAACAUCAGAUAUUUUCUAGUAUUUGUGGCUUAUCUGAAAUAUGUUUCUUUUGAAUUAUACAGUCUCUCACAUUACUGGUAAAGAUUUUAUAAGCUGUACGGAAUAAGAAUGUACAAUUCUGUAUAUUUGUCUGAAUUAAAACAUGGUACACUUGUUA